GACUUGGCUGGGCCUAAAUUCGAUCCGCGGUCCAGGACCAGUUUCUGGGCAAAGCUACCAUGCGUUCCGGGGGCCGCGGGCGGCCCCGGCUACGGCUCGGGGGACGCGGCCUCUUGCAGCCACCCUCCCCGCCCAGUCGCCGCCUGCUACCGCGGGCGCAGCAGCUGCCGCUGCUGCUGCUGGCGCUGGCCGUGGCCUCGGCGUUCUACACCAUCUGGAGCGGUUGGCACCGCGGGGCUGAGGAGCUGCCGCCCGGCCGGGAGCUGCGGGGCCCAUUGAUCGCGAGCCUCCCCGAAGCCCGAAUGCGGAAGGUGGUGGGGCAACUGGACCCCCAGCGUCUCUGGAACACUUACCUGCGCCCCCUGCUGGUUGUGCGAACGCCGGGCAGCCCGGGCAGUCUCCAAGUCAGAAAGUUCCUGGAGGCCACUUUGCGGACCCUGACGGCAGGCUGGCACGUGGAGCUGGACCCCUUCACAGCCUCAACGCCCCUGGGACCACUGGACUUUGCCAAUGUGGUGGCCACACUGGACCCAGGGGCUGCCCGUCACCUCACCCUUGCCUGCCAUUAUGACUCGAAGCUCUUUCCAUCUGAGUCAGCCCCAUUUGUGGGGGCCACGGAUUCAGCUGUGCCUUGUGCCCUGCUACUGGAGCUGGCCCAGGCCCUGGACCAGGAACUGAGUAGAACCAAGGAUCAGGCAGCCCCAGUGACCCUGCAGCUGCUCUUCUUGGACGGCGAAGAGGCGCUGAAGGAGUGGGGACCCAAGGACUCCCUCUAUGGCUCCCGGCACCUGGCCCAGCUCAUGGAGUCUGCACCCCACAGUCCUGGCCCCACCAGGAUCCAGGCUAUUGAGCUCUUUAUGCUUCUUGAUCUCCUGGGAGCCCCCCAUCCAACCUUCUACAGUCACUUCCCUCGCACAGCCCGCUGGUUCCAUCGGCUGAAGAGCAUCGAGAAGCGCCUGCACCGUUUGAACCUGCUACAGGCUCACCCCCAGGAAGUGAUGUACUUCCAGCCCGGGGAGCCCCCUGGCUCUGUGGAAGACGACCACAUCCCCUUCCUCCGCAGAGGGGUCCCGGUGCUCCACCUCAUCUCCACGCCCUUCCCCUCUGUCUGGCACACCGCUGAGGACUCUGAGGCCAAUCUGCACCCCGCUACGGUGCACAACCUGAGCCGCAUCCUCGCCGUGUUCCUGGCUGAAUACUUGGGGCUCUAGCCUGCCGGGUUGACUCUGAAGGAGAAAGACCCAGCAGGGAAUGUGGCAGGGGCACCGGGAGCCACCUCGGCUGUGCUGGCUCGUCCUCUUUAAUGCCUUUGGCUCUGCUUGUGCCGUUACUGAAGACCCUCUCUCCUUUGAGUGUCUCAAGCUGCCACUCUUCAAAGACAUGGAAGAGACCGUUGUGGGGUGAGAGCCAAAGGAAUAAGAGCUCCCGGCUCUGAGGGAGCCAUUGGGCUGAAGAAGUUCGCAAGGGCAACUGCUAUUCUUGGUUUUAAUCAGCAAACCGUGGACCGGCAUAUGGACCCGCAACACCACCCAACCCAGUGAAUUCUCUGCGGCUGUUGUUUUUGUGGCACUUCCUUCUCCAGAGCGUCAGCCUUGCUACUGCACCGUCCAAACCCAGCUCCCACGUGGAUGUGCCAUGUGGGGCCCACGGAGGAUGUGCUCCUAAGCGGGAGCAGGGAUGGAAGCCAAUACGUGGGAACCUCAGAUUCUGCAGACCCAACAGGCAAUAAUCCAGGGUUUCUGCAAAACAUAUUCUGCAGAACUUUAAAGGUGUUGCAUGAAAGAAGGGAUCAAGGAAGAAGGGUGAGACAUUAAAUGAGUUCAUUGCACAAUGUGAAUUUUCAACGGUAAGACAAUGCAUUGUUUUCCCAAGUAUUUCACCAUGGAACCCCUUUUUUGGGAAGCACCUCACAGAACUAGGUACCUCAGAAGAUACUUUGGGAAACACUGCUAUGUUUAUGGAAGGAAUAAGACAGGCCAGUGGUCACUGCAAACUAGUUAUACCAAACCGUCCUGUCUCUUAAGUUAUGGGUACAGGAGUGCGAGAUGGUGGGUAUAACUCCAUCUCCAGUGAUGGCCUGAGGAAGUAUUUCCCAACCAUACCUAAUUUUCAGACUCCACUGGAGUACUUAUUAAAAAUGCAGGCUCCACCCUGGCUGGUGUUGCUAAAUGGUUAGUGUCAGUCUGCAUACCAAAGGGUCUUGGGUUCGAUUUUUGGUCAAGGGCACAUACCAGAAACCUUUCUGUGUACGGGAUGCCACCCAACCAAGCCACACAGGCCAGGGCCUACCUUUCUGACUUUGGUGGAGAUCUGGUAGGUAGCAGGGAUAUCAGGCCAGUUUGGAGGGUUAUUAGGUAGUAAAGGUGAGCAUUGAUUGGCCUGAGUCAACGCAAGGCUGGAGAAGAUUCAAGAAUUCAUGGGUUUAAACUCAGGAUAUCAAAUGAGAGGAUAAAGAGAAGGUUCUCGAUUCACAUUCUGCCACAGUAGCUGACAUUUAUUGGGGUACCUACUACAGGCCAGGCACCAUGAGCACUUUAUAUAUAGCAACUCAGUCUCCCCCCAAACCCUGAGGUAGGUAUGAUUUCGGUUCUCAUUUUGCAAAUGAGGGGCUUGGGUCUGAAAUUUAUGAACCAGUUGUUUACAGAUUCUUACACAGGGCCAUGCUCCUAACCCCAUGUCCUACCUCCCUUCCAAGUCACACGUUUGGGACCAACAGAUUGUUAACAAAAAGAGCUCCUCCUAGCCCUGACCGGUUUGGUUCAGUGGGUAGAGCGUCGGCCUGCGGAAUCAAGGGUCCCAGGUUCGAUUCUGGUCAAGGGCAUGUGCCUUGGUUGCGGGCACAUCCCCAGUGGGGAGUGUGCGGGAGGCGGCUGAUCGAUGUUUCUCUCUCAUUGAUGUUUCUAACUCUCUAUUCCUCUCCCUUCCUCUCUGUAAAAAAAAAACCAUGUAGCUCCUUCUGAGGCUUUUAAUUGGGUGCAAGUUAGAGUGGGGUUGGGAGUGGGCGGAUGGACGGACUAAUAACCUCUUAGAGGUGGAACUGGCAGAAGUCCAGAGUUCAGAAAGGAAAAUUGACUGACAUCAGCCAGAGGGUCUCAAACCACAUGGAGAUUCCUGUUUGCUCAUUUCUUGUGGGCCACCAUGUCCCCUGAGCCUCCCAGCCAUGCAGAAGUACAUGAGACAUAACCUCCAUAUUGGAGAGGGGAAGCAGUGCUCGGUUACAUCCCCAGCCGGUCUCCCUACAAGACACCCUGGUUCAGUGCACCAUGCGCCAGGCACUGGGCAAAGGGCCUGAUGACUAGUUUUUGCAUGAAUCCGGGGCAAGGAUUGUGAGCUCCAUUUUACAGAUGAGGUUGCCGCUGCUGCUUUCCCCCGCUCCAUUUGUCCCCCAAACUUGGGAUCCCCAGCCUUGUGCUCUGAAGGGGCCACUAGGUGUAUUUAGUAAGCACAGGUGAGCGCUCUGGAUGAGAUGUAUCAUGCCAAUCUUUUGAGGAACCAUCAGUAUUCUCAUUUUUCAUUUUAAGAUACUGAGAUUCAGAGAAACCCGUUGCCGAAGAUCACACAGCUGGGCUUGUCCGCUGCAGUGUGUCUAGGGUACAUUUCUUUUUAUUCAUCCUGCUUGA